UAAUCUAUCCAUAAAACUGCAGUCUUUUCUGUUAGAUAUACUGACUGUAUACAGAUAUGUAAAAUUAGAAUUUACUAAAAACACUGUCUGAAAGCCCACCUCGUUACGCUCCAUACAGUCUAUUACGCUCACAGCUCCACAGCGCCGCCUGGAGUUUGCGCCGCGCACGUACAGCGGUAGGAAGUGUUUCGGAAGUACGCGCAAACCAGAGACGAGACUCCACGGAAAGGGCGGAGGAAAGGGGAGGCUGCUGCCGAUUACUGGAUUGUAAACUGACGAACCAUUGUGUGCACCAGCAGCUUGGCAAAUUAUCAACAUUAUUUAUAUCACACAAGUUGGACAAAAACUUGGAAACAGCUUAGGUCAGGUUGGACGUAACCCAACGUAAGCCUCCUUCUCUGCCCUUCCUGCUCUGUUCUGUCUAUUCCUGUUACAGAGACAGUUGGAGCGGAUUCUGCUGGUGGGUCGGAGGGCACCUGGAGUUUGCCAGGGCCAUGACUUUAGGGUGAAGGGGCGUCCGUGUGGGGGACACAGUCAGAUUUUAGGGUGAGGCGGGGGUGUAGGGCCGAGGGCAGAGGUCGUAGCCGUGGAGAUGAAGCUCAAACAGCGCAUGGUGGUGCUGUGUGCUGUGCUGCUUCUCUUGGGCCUGGCCAAGAUCUUUCUGCUGGAUGGAGGCGAGGGGUCUGCAGCCAGCCGCCGGGACCUCCGGGCGUUUCGCAAGAUGGAGGCCGGUUUGUCUCUGUCUCGCGGUGCUCGGCUCACACACACCCUGCAGUCGCCCUGGGAGAUUGCAAGUCAGUGGGUGGGUCCUAGGGAGGUGUACCCAGAAGAGACUCCUGAAUUAGCAGCAGUCCUCACAGCGCUCAGCACAGCCCGGAUCGAACGUGCCGAUGUGGGCUAUAAGGGGACGCAGCUCAAAGCUCUGCUGGUCCUGGAUGGGGGGCAGAAAGUAGUCUUCAAACCCAAGAGGUACAAUAGAGACUACAUAGUGGAGGGUGAGCCCUAUGCUGGUUAUGACAGACAUAAUGCAGAGGUGGCCGCUUUUCACCUGGACAGGAUCCUUGGGUUCAGAAGAGCUCCUUUGGUAGUGGGACGCUACGUGAACCUGCGAACAGAGAUCAAACCAGUGGCCACUGACCAACUGCUCAGCACCUUCCUCACGCAAGGUAAUAAUAGUUGUUUCUAUGGAAAGUGUUACUACUGUCGGGAGAGUGAGCCGGCCUGUGCAGAGGGGGAGAUCAUGGAGGGCUCAUUAACCCUUUGGUUGCCGGACGUGUGGCCUCUACAGAAGCACAGACACCCCUGGGGCAGGACCUACCGGGAGGGCAAACUGGCAAGGUGGGAGUAUGAUGAAAGCUACUGUGAUGCUGUGAAGAAAAUGCCUCCGUACGAUGCAGGCCCCAGACUCCUGGAUGUUAUCGACACAGCCAUAUUUGAUUAUCUGAUUGGAAACGCCGACCGCCAUCACUACGAAAGUUUCCAGGACGAUGGAGGAGCCAGCAUGCUUAUCCUACUUGACAAUGCCAAGAGUUUUGGGAACGCUGCCCUUGAUGAGAGGAGUAUUCUGGCACCCCUCUAUCAGUGCUGCAUGAUUCGAGUCUCUACGUGGAACAGACUAAACUUGUUGAAGAACGGGGUUUUGAGUUCAGCGAUGAGACAGGCGCUGACCUUUGACUCUAUUCACCCGGUUUUGGCUGAGUCCCACUUGGCAGCUCUGGACCGGCGACUCUCUGGGAUCAUAGCCACAGUCAAACAAUGUAUGGAAGCAUCUGGCCCAGACAUUACACUAAUAGAGGACCGAAUGAACCUCCCUCAUCCAUAAACAAAAUGGGACAACAAGUGCCUGGAUGAGAUAUAAGAGAAGAACUGAUUAAACUAUUUAUAAAACUCUAUAAAAUGACUAGAGACAAGGUGAAUUAUGAACUACAAACUUCACCUGCUUUUUUACACCUCACUGAAGAUGACAUUUUCAGUGUUUGAAAAGAUUUUUUCUCAACAGUGCACUACCGAUGAGAUCUGCUGUAUCUUUGACAACUACUGGACAAAACUGUAGACAUUAAAUUACAAUAUGAGCCAUUACACAAUUAAAGGAAAGACAGUUUUGUUUUAAUGGAUUUAAAGCUGCCGAGUUCUGAAAUAUGUAAAUGACAAUUAGGGAUUUCAAUUAGAUUUUUCACUUUUAUGUCCAUAAUCUAGUCACAUUUUUAAGUGGUUUAAUUUAAUAAGAAAGUGUAUUGCACACAAUUGGCUUAAUAUUUUAAUUGAAUAUUUAGUGUAUAAAUACCUUUUUAAUAGGGUUUAUUUUUUUAAUUGGCUUUCAUUAACUGCAAAUAUAAAAAGUUUCAGUUACAUUUUAUAAAAUAUUGAAGACAUUUGCCUACCUGCUAUAUAAUAUAAAUUUAAUUUUGAAUUAAACUACUGAAAAAAUGGUUUUGUCCAAUAUUCUAACCCUUUGAUGUAAUCCAAAGGCUACCGGACGCUGCCAGGUUGUAUAUAUUUAUCUGGGUUGGAGGAUAUGAAAACGUGUGUGUGUGUGGGAUAUUAGAAAGCUACUGACAUUACAGUUCUGACUUUAGGGGAAAUGAAUAAGUCAUGACACCAGGUACAAGGUUCAACAUUAAAGUACAGUUUGGAUCUC